AUGGAAUAUGGACGCUUACCAAACGACGUUACGGACAGCGUGCAACUGGAAAGCGACUCGCGGAUCGCCCAGCACUACGAUUUUGAACCGAGCGUCAUCCGUGGCAUCAUUGCUAGUGUUGACAGGUACCUGAAACGACAUCGCUAUGGAUGUUCAGUCAUGACAGGGACUGGAGCCCAAUUUGCACUCACAAGGGACACCUACAAUGCAAAGAAAAAAAGUCUUAAGAAACAGGGUAUGGGAAACCGUCCUAGGGAGGCCCAUCCGCUGAGUGAUACCGACAUCGAUCUGCUCUGGGAGAAGGGGAUCCUUGGCACCGAGUCUCCGAAGGCCUUGUUAAAUACAAUCUGGUUGAACAACUGCCUUCAUUUUGGCUUGCGAGGAACAACGGAGCAAUACAAUUUGCGGUGAGGAGACGUCCGCCUCCGUGUAGACUCGAAUGGUGUCGAGUAUCUCGAGUUGAACGAGCGGCAAACGAAAACGCGCACAGGAGAGAACAUCGCUGACAUAAGAAAAGUGUCUCCCAAGAUGUUCGGCACUUCUGGACCAAGAAAUACCGUGUUAAUUUACAAGCUGUACUCGAAUAUGCGUCCAUCUGAUUUUUUUUCAGAUCAGCACCCUUUCUACCUGGCAAC